AUGUUCGUUACAGAUGUGUCUCGUCUCCGGACUCUGGCUGUCUUCCGGAGCAACCAAGGCGAGGCUGAGGCUCCUCUCAGCUUCGCCAAGUGCGGGCUGCUGCGGGUGUUGGAUCUGGAAGCAUGCCAUGGUCUGAACAAAAGCCACCUCGAAGAGAUAUGCGAACUGCUGAAGCUGCUUAGAUAUCUGAGCCUCAGGGCAAGCACUAGUAUCACCAAGGUCCCAAGGAAGAUAGCCAAGCUGCAACGCCUGGAGACACUAGACCUGGGGAAAGAGACAGUGGUCAAGGUGCCAGCAGAGGUACUGUUGCUUCCCCACCUGAAACACCUCCUUGGAAAGAUAAAGCUCCGCAAAUGUGACAGCGGGAAGAAUAGGAACCUAGACAGGUUCCUGUCAAAGGAAAGUAAGCUGGAGAUGUUAUCAGGAUUUGUCGCCGGCAAGGACGGCCGAGGUUUCCCACGGCUGAUGUGCCAUAUGAGCCGGCUGAGGAAGGUCAAGGUAUGGUGGGAUCCCGAUGCCGAUUCCACAAGGCUGCAGGCGGAUGGUCUUCAACAGUCCAUCAAUCGGUUCCUAGACAGAGCCUCGCGCAUGCCCGCCGUCGAGCACUCCCUGUCCAUGGAGUUCCAAGAGUGGUCACCAGCGUUCCUGGAUUCGCUACGUGCCCCUGCUGUUUGCACUCUUUCGUCCAUGAAGCUGCGCGGCCGCGGUGAGCUGAAUCGCGUCCCAGCCUUUGUCACGAGCCUGACUGGUAUUAGAGAGCUGUGUCUCUUGGCAACCACUCUGAGCUGGAAUGCUAUUCAAGAUGGUGUGAGAAACUUGAAUAUAUUGAACAACCUGGAGCUGGUUGCACAGAACAUCGAUGGCGCCGUUGUAAUAGAUUCUGGGAACCUUAAUAGCCUCAAGCGGAUGCGCCUUGAGGUCGAGCGAAGGCUGCUCCAGAUAACAAUCCAAGACGGAGCUCUGGAGAGUCUUGUCUCACUACAUCUGAUCUGUAAAGAUCUCAAUGGUCCUUCUGCCGACCAGGUCUGCCAACUCAGGAAUCUCAAGGAAGUGGAACUGCAUCCUGAAGUCGCUGAUGGAACAAAGCUUAGUUGGAAAGAUGCCGCAAGACACCAUCCUAACAGACCCAACUGCUUGCUCAUCACAUACUCUCGCCUUAUGGAACAAACCACGCAGCCAGCAUCCCCCAACCAAUCAUCCAGUGCAACUGCUACUGGAAAGCUAUCAAAUGUAGCUAGGAAGUCUAGACAAAUAGCUGGUGCCAUUUUGCACCUUGGUGCAAGGUCCCGUGGAAAUUAAUAAUAUGCUUCCGUUCAGGGUUACUGCUCCCGCUGAAGGAUUGUUUUGUCUUGUUUCAUGGAACCGGUUGUAGUUUCCACUUUGUUCUUUACCUUUCAUAAAGUGACCUUCCUGUCUAAUUAGCUUUUUAAAAACU